UGACGUUUAUUUGGAACUCACCUUUUAAGUAAUUUUGAUUGGAAAAUAUUUUUGAAGCGAUCUUACAGCAUGACUAUCAUGACUGUUCUUACAUCGAAGUGCCCUUUGGAGGCUGAUUUAUCCCGUUUGGUACGCAGGGACAGUGUGCGCGUAUGUAUUAAUUUCGUCUGCGGCAUCGGAUCAUUUUCGGGGCUUUACGGUAAAUUCGGCAUCUCAAGUUUGCCUACGUUGAAAGUUACAGAAAACCAACGCCUUGGGAGUUGUGAUGGAGGAUAAGUUAUCCAGAAGUUUGAGUCGUUGUGAGAAAUAACAAUAUACGGAAUUAUAAGGGCCCAAAUAAACACUUAAAACCGACGCCUUUCUUUUGGGUCAAAAAGUCAUUGACCAGUAGCCUUAUGGCUGGUCCUGAGACAGAUGCAGUACAAAGGUGGCGGAAAUGUGUGGACUCUGUGGUGUUCAGUCUUACUGAGGAUCAACUGAAAUCUAUCAAAAACAAAUGUGAGGAGCGUGAUUUUUUCGUGGUGCAUCACCUGGCAGAUCUGAAGGAGGGAGCCAUCUCUCCUCUCAUCCAUGGCAUGCCUAUCACCUGCAAAGUGGAAAAUACAGAAAGAUACACCACCCGUUCCAAGGUACGCAUUUGCAAUCUGUACACGGUUCGUCUGACGCAUGGUGAGUUCACAUGGACGGUAAAAAGAAAGUACAAGCACUUCCAGGAGCUCCACAGGGACCUGUACAAACACAAAGUGAUGCUGCAGUUUUUGCCUCUGGGGAGAUUUGCCAUUCAGAGACAACAGCUGGCGGGUUUGACAGAAGAGAUGCCGACUUUACAUGGAACAAAUAGAAUCAGCAGAACGUCUAGCAAACCAAAAUACCUGGAGGAAUAUUUAAACAAUUUACUGGAAAACACCUUCUACAGGAACUAUCAUGGCAUGCUGGACUUCCUGUCGAUCGGUCCACUCUCUUUCAUCAGAGACCUUGGUCCCAAAGGACUAGAAGGUUAUAUUCUAAAAAGGUCAGGUGGUCACCGCAUCCAGGGGCUCAACUGUUUCGGACACCAUCAGUUUUGCUUCAGAUGGUCUCGCCGCUGGCUGGUUGUGAAGGAUUCAUUCCUUCUCUACAUGUCCAGAGAUCCAGGCAUUGUGUCAUUUGUUCUGCUGUUUGAUCCUGAACUGAAGGUGUUGGUCGGGCAUUGCUACACUGAUACCAAGCAUGGAGUCUGCAUUGAGAACUUUAGCAGGAAGCUGGUGAUUAAGUGCAAUAGCUACCGGCAGGCUCAGUGGUGGAGUCAUGAGAUUCGGAGUCUCUCUGAACCCUGUGAUUUCAUCCAGACACAUCGCUUCGAAGGCUUCGCCCCACCCAGACCUGACACCCUCACAAAGUGGUAUGUUAACGGGAGUGGGUAUUUCUCAGACCUGGCUGAUGCACUGGAACAAGCCAAGGAGGAGAUCUUCAUCACUGAUUGGUGGCUCAGUCCAGAGGUUUUCCUCAAACGUCCAGCUACAGGAACAUACUGGCGGCUGGACAAGAUUCUUAAACGCAAAGCGGAACAGGGAGUGAAAGUCUGUGUGUUGUUGUAUAAGGAGUUGGAAAUGGCUCUGGGUAUUAACAGUGGCUACAGCAAGAGAACACUCAUGAAUCUGCACCCUAACAUUAAGGUGAUGCGUCACCCUGAUCAUGUGGCCGCAGUUGUGUUGCUUUGGGCUCAUCAUGAGAAGAUGGUUGCUAUUGACCAAUCAGUGGCCUUCAUGGGUGGGUUGGACCUUGCCUUUGGAAGGUGGGAUGACAGUGACUAUAGGCUGAGUGAUUUGGCAAUCCAAAAAACAGCCAGUCAUGCAAAAGCAGCCCCAGAGUCUGAUGCUGUGGAUGGCUCUGCUGUUCCUCUGACAGAAUCUGUGUCAGCUCCAGAGUGUGAGGAUGAAGUCGAUCUGAGCUGUAAUGCCCUCUUGUGGCUGGGAAAAGAUUACAGCAACUUUAUUAAGAGAGACUGGACACAGCUGGACCAGCCCUUUCAAGACAAUGUUGACAGAACUCAGGUGCCACGCAUUCCCUGGCGUGAUCUGGGUGCAGUGCACCACGGGAAAGCAGCCAGAGAUCUUGCACGCCACUUCAUCCAGCGCUGGAACUUCACUAAGAUCUUUAAGAAUAAGUACAAGAUCGACUUCUACCCGUACCUACUGCCGAAAUCUCACAGCACAGCAGAUAAGUUGCCAUUCACUGUCCCUGGAGCCAACAAAGCCUCUGUACAGGUUCUUCGUUCCGUUGAUCGCUGGUCUGCUGGCACAUGUGAACACUCUAUCCUUAAUGCCUAUGUACAUGUUAUUGAGAAGAGCGAACAUUACAUUUAUUUAGAGAAUCAGUUCUUCAUCAGCUGCUCAGAUGAGAAGAGUGUAUACAACACCAUCGGAGAUGCUAUUGUCAAACGAAUCCUGCGUGCUCACAGUGAGGGGAAAAAAUACAGGGUGUUUGUUGUGAUUCCUCUGCUGCCCGGCUUUGAGGGUGACAUCAGUCAGGGAGGAGGAAACGCCAUUCAGGCUAUACUGCACUUCACCUACAGGACAAUUAAUCGAGGAGAAUACUCCAUUCUUUCACGAUUAAAGGGACAAAUGCAGGACGAAUGGACUCAGUAUAUUUCUCUGUGUGGUCUGCGCACACACUCUCAGCUGGACCAUUCCCCUGUUACAGAACUCAUCUAUGUCCACAGCAAAGCCCUCAUCUCUGAUGACCGAUGCUACAUCAUAGGGUCAGCCAACAUCAAUGACAGGAGCAUGCUGGGCAGUCGUGACAGCGAGCUGGCGGUGCUGGUGGAAGAUGAGGAAAGAGUUCCCUCUGUCAUGAAUGGAGAGGAGUACCAGGCUGGACCACUAGCACUCGCCUUACGGAAGGAGUGCUUCAGUGUUCUUCUCGGAGCGAAAUCUGACCCAACUCUCAACAUUGACGAUCCAGUCAGUGAUCAUUUCUUCAACAAUGUUUGGAACAAAAUUGCCCAAUCAAAUGCUGUCAUCUAUGAGAAGGUCUUCCGAUGUCUUCCUUUGGACUCCAUCCGCAGCUUGCGUGAGCUGAUGGAGCAUGUGAACGCUGAGAAUCUCAGCCUUACAGACCCAGAAAACGCCAACCAAGAGCUACAGGCUAUCAGAGGCAUCCUGGUCCAUUUCCCGUUGCACUUUCUGUGUGAGGAGUACUUGCUCCCACCACUUAAAAGCAAAGAAGGAAUGGUUCCAACGGAGGUGUGGACAUAGUAGGAAAGAAUAUCAAACAGUGUAGUUUAAAGUGUGCCAGUAAAACUGAAGGUGAGGGGGAAAAAUCACAUCCUCUGGACUAACUGAGCCUAUAGCUACUUUAGUUUGAAAGUCGGAAGUUGCGACUUACUUUUCUUCCAUAUUGUGAUGUAUUUCCGAGUGAAACGGCUUAUCGAACAAGAAAACAAAUAUAGGGCGGGGACUUGAUUUUAUCCAUUUGUUGUUGGUUGGAUUGUGAAAAGUGGGUGUUUCAUACUGAAAUGGGGCAGACUCCAUUUGUAGUCGACACACACACACACACACACACACUCUCUCUCUCUCUCUCUUCACCGUGCCCCACUUAUUUGAGAACCAAACGAUGAUCUAACUGACAACAUUAAUCUGUAACAAGCCCACAAACGCACAUAGCACAUCGCGGUCUUUGCUUACAACGAUUCUGGAGCACAAUGCAAAUGAAUGAGAAACAAGCGCGUAAAAGAUCCCAACAUUUUGAAUCAUAAUACACUAAAUAGAAACAAUAAAGAACACUUACAUGUGAUGUACAUCCCAAGAUACCGGCAUUAAAAAAUAUGAAUAAACUCCAGACCCAUGCAACUUGCAUUGCAUUCAUUUGUGAUCACCUCUGGAAGCAUUCAGGCAUGAAAUGUCUCGCAAAUUUGCCAUUAUUCCUCCUCCUUCGAAAUGUAAAUUCAAAACAGCGGGCCCAUAACCAAGUUACUCUGGAGUAGGGAACAGGAUUUUGAGAGGAAAACAUACACCUCUUUGUCUCUGCAUUAGCUGCUUUGACCCCAGGUUUGUUUACAUGACAGACUCUUGAAGGGGUGAUGUUAAAACUGACUAAAACUUGCUUAAGAGCAAGUUCAUAUUCAUAUUUUUUCUUAAGAUCAAGUUAUGACAUUUUAGAGUUAUAAUUACACAACUUGCAGUUUGGUUUGGACUAAAGAAAAUGGUAGUUAAUUGAUGAUUAGCAUAAUUAUGUAUUAGAAGAUAAACACGUUUAUGCCAGCAACAUGUUGUUGCAAAUUAUAUGGAGACAAUGAAAUUGAUGUAUUCCAAUGCCCAUUAUGCUCAUGAAUGUAAUGAUCUGAGUAUUUAUGAUGGCACAGAAUGUUAAGUACUACAUAUAAAGGGAGGAAUAAGGAGAGAAGAGAAGAGAAGAGAAAACAAGGCAAAUGAGAGAGCACAAGUGGAGUAUUUUUGAUGACCAUGGAACAGAAUGUACAUUUAUUGUUGUGAAUGUAUGAGUGGAUGGCAUUGCUUUACCUUCUUUUCCCUCUCUCUUUAUUUCUCAUUCCUGUGUGCACUACACCUCUCAAUGCAGUGGCAGCAAAUCUCUCAGAACAUUUGUGGUUGUUAUGGUGACGGGUAUAAAGAGCUGACUUGGUCUUGGCUCCUGGGAGAGAAAAGCAGGAGGAAAAAAUAGAUAAACCAUAAAUGUUAAAAAGCUGGAAAAACAGCACUUCAUGCAAACGAUGAAGUGUUUUUUAAAGCAGGUAGUGGGAAGUGUUACAGGGCAGGGAUCAGGUGGGGCAUCAAACAUGGAGAGAUAGUCGGGGGGAGUCUCCGCUCAUUUACCAUCUCCAUGACAACCAGGAGAAAUUAUUGUUAUGUAAUAAUGUCAGCGAUCCAGACGAUUCCACUUUCUGUUUUGGACAGGGAUCAACACAAGUAGAGCAGACUGGAGGCCAGAAAAGCAAAGAUAAUUUUGGCAUUGCCCCAUUUUAACAUCACAUUUUGAAGUUUUAUAAGAAGUUAUUACAAAUCAGCCUGUGUAAUGUUGUACAAAUAAUAUAGAAUGCUAUAUGUGACUUUGCACAUUAAAGGAAUAUUGUGGGUUUAAUACACAUUAAGCUCAAUCGACAGCAUUCGUGGUAUAAUGUUGAUUCCCACAAAUGUUAAUUUUGACUUGUUCCUCCUUUAAAAAAAGCAAAAAUCGAGGUUGCAGUGGGACUUACAGUGGAAGUAAAUGGGGCCAAUUUUUGGAGGGUUUAAAGGCAGAAACUCAUGUAGUAUUUGAGCUGUAAAAUUGUUAAAAUAGUUUUAGGGUUUACGCCGUCAUGUUGUUACGUCGACAUUGGCAAUAAAUUUGUUAGAUUGGAUAGAACUCUGUAUAAAGUUUACAUCUUGUUGCUUUACUUUUGAAACACACUUUUGAAUUCACUUCCAUUUUAAGUGCCUCACUGCAACCCAGAUUUUUGCUGGAAAACGAGAGACGACUCUAAAUGAAUUUUUGUAGUAAUCAACGUUAUGCCAGAAAUGCUGUCGAUUGAGCUUAACUUGUACUGAACCCGGAAUAUUCCUUUAACAGAAUCUUUUAGGUUUUAACCACUGUAGAUAGUACCAUAACAUACUGUAACAUUCCAAUCAAAUCAAGCAAUCAAGAAAAAAAAUUUAUGAACCGACAAUUGUUUUUUUUUUUUUUUGUUUUUUUUACAACUGUCCACAUUGUUCAGACAUAUUAAUGUAUACAUGCUCUGUAGUGCACUUUUGCAUGUAAAUGGAAUUGCUUUUCUGUAGAAAGCAAACAGUACAGAUGAGAACCCACUAAUACUUCAUUAAAAUGAACCUUGUCUAACAGUC